CCUCCCAGUGGUGAGUAGCCCACAGCCUCUCUCUUGCUCCCUUCGCCUCAGCACCCAGCCAGUCAGUGUCUCGCCUCCCUCCCGGCGCUGAGCAGCCCACAGCCUCUCUCUUGCUCCCUUCGCCUCAGCACCCAGCCAGUCAGUGUCUCGCCUCCCUCCCGGCGCUGAGCAGCCCACAGCCUCUCUCUUGCUCCCUUCGCCUCAGCACCCAGCCAGUCAGUGUCUCGCCUCCCUCCCGGCGCUGAGCAGCCCACAGCCUCUCUCUUGCUCCCGUCGCCUCAGCACCCAGCCAGCCAGCGCCUUCCCUCCCUCCCGGCGCUGAACAGCCCACAGCCCACGCUCCGUGUUCCUCCCCGCCUCCAGGAUGGGUCGCUGGCCUCGUGGUGGUCUGCGGUGUGUGGCAGCGGUGGUGGUGGUGGUGGUGUUCAUGCAAGUCCUGCCCGCCACGUCUGCUCCUGCCCCUGCCGAGACCCAAGACGGUUUGGACCACGGUAACUCCGGCGUACACGGCGGCGGCGGCGGAUUCGACGCCGGCAGCGGGUUCGUCGGAGUCUUUAAUGGCCAGGAGGCCAAAAAACCAAGCUCUGGAGCCCUCUUCAGCAAAGGAGUCGGGGCAGAUGUUGUGGCAUUCCGAUUCCCUCAUCACUACGGCUUCCAUGGCUUCGACGGCUUCAACGGUUACAACGGCUAUUUCGGCUACGGCAAUGAUAGGAACCAUAACAACGGCGGCUUCGGUAACAACGGUGGCUUCGGUAACAACGGCGGCUUCGGUAACAACGGCGGCUUCGAUAACAACGGCGGCUUCGGUAACAACGGCGGCUUCGGUAACAACGGUGGCUUCGGUAACAACGGCGGCUUCGGUAACAACGGUGGCUUCGGUAACAACGGUGGCUUCGGUAACAACCACGGCUUCGGUAACAACGACGGCUUCGGUAACAACGGUGGCUUCGGUAACAACGACGGCUUCGGUAACAACGGUGGCUUCGGUAACAACGACGGCUUCGGUAACAACGACGGCUUCGGUAACAACGGCGGCCACCGAGACUUCCGCAACUCCGGCUGCACGUGA